AAGCAACUAACCACCACCGCUCAUUAAGAAAAAUGUCAUAUAACUCCAAUUAUAGACCGAGGAGUUCAGACCAUUAUAACUCUAGACCAAGACAAGGAUAUCAAUCAUCACGCCCCAAAAACACCUAUAACAACAGAUAUCAAGACCAAUCACAACACCAUCAUUCGUCAUCUCCAUCUUCAUCGUCAUCUUCAUCUUCAUACACACAGAGGAAACGAACGGGAACAUAUAACUCAUAUCAAUCCAGACAGAAUGUAUACUCACAACAUAGUUCACGGUAUACGCAAGAUAACCAAUUUCAAUUGUGGAUGGGAGAUCUAGAUAGCAAUUGGACCGAGGAAGCUAUAGACUACAUAUGGGCUUCCUUAGUUGAGAAACCAGUGUCGGUAAAAAUAAUCAGAGAUAAGUUGAAUCCAACCAAGCCCGGAUAUUGCUUUGUUACUUUUAACAAUCAAAAGUCAGUUGAUUUGGCUAUGCAAAGAAAUGGCCAGCCCGUUCCUUCCAGCAAUAAAUAUUUCAAAUUGAAUUAUGCUAGUGGUGGCGGACAUGGUGGAGGACAAAGUAGACAUGCUGCAUCUGGUGGUGACAGUAGCAAUGACUUUUCUAUGUUUGUGGGGGAUUUAGGCCAUGAAGUAAGUGAAGCAUUGUUAUUCAACAAAUUCAAUCACAAGUAUCCAAAUCAAAUAAAACAUGUAAAAGUCAUAAUUGAUCCAACUACCAAGAAAAGUAAAGGGUUUGGAUUUGUUAGAUUUUUAAAUGGGGAAGCAUUAAAUCGUGCAUUACAAGAGAUGAAUGGGGUAGAAAUUGGGUCAAAAGCAAUUAGAGUAGGAUUAGCAUCUGGUGCCUCAGUGGAUAUUCAAAAGGGUCCAACUUCAAGUCAGGGAACGGUAGAUUAUCGCCGAGUAGUAGUUCCUCAACCACAACCGGAUUUAAAUCAAUAUACCGAUUAUGAUAAUACAAGUUUGGUGAUUAAAGGGUUAGCUUCAAAAUUUACAGAACGGGAAUUGGAGAUGUAUUUUAUUGGAUUUGGUGAUUUGAUACAUUGUAAGCUUUCAUCAGAUUUUCAAACUGGCUAUAUUAAAUACUAUUUGCGAUCUUCAGCUGAAUCAGCAAUUCUAUACAUGCAUGGAAGUACUAUAAAUGAUUGUCGAUUGACAAUUAACUGGGGGAAACCCGACGAGUCCGAAACUACUACUAGCUAUGAAAAAUCUAGCAAACCUCCAUUGAUUUUCUAUUCUAAUGAAUACAAUAAUAUCAGAUUGGAUAAGCUUGAUAAAGAACAAGUUUCAACAGCCAUAGCUCAAAGAUUAGAUGGCAGUGAAAUCAAGAGCAUCAAUCAAACCAACCAAUUGUAUAUCCAAUCAAAGCUUAAUAGAGAUAAAAUUCUUAAUUCCAGUUUAUAUUAAAUGCACAUCACGAGAUCUGCCGGGACAAUUAGUAACUAGAUCCACUUGAUCAUUGAAUUUGGUUCCACAAUACCAGCAAUAUGAAUGGGUAUCGCGUAAGUAGUCAAGUAGCCGACUUGAGCGUUGUUCUAAAUCUUCUACUAGAUCUACUAUCGUAGUUGGUAUUUGCUUUGUCUUUUCUUUGACAGUGGUGAAUUUAUACCGUUGUCGACUUGAUUCAGAUUCAAUCAAGUAUGGUCUCCAUAGUUCAUUCACUCCAUCUAUGUCAGAAUCUUCAAGAUACUUAUCAUACUCACCACUCAUUUCCAAACAAAGUUUCAUGAUUUUGCGAACUUCUUUAAUCUCGACUUGUUGUUUGGAGUGAUUAACCAACCGUUUUUUCAAGUCAUCUACUUUUUCUUUGGAAUAUGUAGGCAUGGGUUCAGUUUUAUUUUGCCCUACAGCAAGACCAAUUCUGUGUGUACGUUUCUGAAUUAGUAUCGGUUCUUUAAUGGCAUUAUUAUUGUUUACACCCAACGAAUCUCCAACUUUAAAGCCCAUUUUCUCCAUAAUUGAAAGACCAAUAGAUUUAGAGGAUUGAUUUGUAAAUAAUGACCGAUUGAUCUUGUUUUCAUGUUGUUCAUCAGGGAUUUCUGGCUUAUUGGAUGUAGGCUCUACUAGUUUAAAAUUCAUGUAGUCAACACCGUCGUCAAUUAGACGGUCAUCAUCAGGUGAUUCCUCCACUGGAGGCUUGAACACCUUUUUUCUUGGUUUUACCUCUUGGUUGUCAGGUUCCUCUUCUUGUUCAUCACCAAAAACGUUUUUCCUCUUGGUUGUUCCAUUCAUUCAUUCAUCCAUCCAAGUUCAAAACAGAUGCUAC